AUACAUUGAUGGGACGCUGACGGCAGUAGGCGGGCGCAGCUAAGAAAUUUAUAAGGUCAUUUGAAUUACGCUUGCUAGCGAGCUCAUCAGCUACAAUGAACCCAGAAAUUAUAUCAAUGAUUGUGACAAUGAACGGAUGAUGAUCGAAGGGUCAAAGUCGACGCGCGCACCAAGGCGGAUUUGACGCCCGAGCGGCAGGAGGAGAGGGGAAGGAGAGGAGCAGCAGCAGCAGCAGCUCGUUGUGGUAUUAACAACAGGAGGGGAUCCCGGUGCGUGUGUCCGUCCCUGUGAGCGUUUCUGUCAAGCCAAGCGAGCGGCGGCGAAGAACGGAGGGGGGCGACCAGGCUGGCCUAUAAGCCGAUCAAGGCGGAAUCGCACACGACGAGCUUCACGUCUUGGGUUUUACGCGCAUCUACAUGCUGUAACGGUGCGGGCCAGGUGCGAGGUAUGUACGCUAAAAACUGAUCACCUACAGCCUUAGCUGACCCUGCGCCGCCACGAUGCUCAACUUCACGGAUAUUACAGGCUAGAAUAAGAGAAGCCCGUGGAGUGGAGUGGCCCGGUAAUGACUCUAUUGUCCUCUUUAACAACCUUGUGCGCAAUCGCCCCGUUAUAAGGACAAAUGAGGUGGCUCGACACUUAGAUAUCAGACAGCCCUUCCGUCAAUGAAAGGUAAUUUAUGUGAACGUGGAGUGCAUGUUCAGCAGCGUGCCUCUUCAUCCUGAAAGAGGCUGCUGCUGCUGUCCACUCUCCACCCGCUUUCUCGCUUAAGCCGAUGCGCGUAAUGCACUGCGCAUCUUGCUUCCCAGGCGCGUCGGCUACAAUGAUAACCUACAUUAAGUUAGCCAGAUGACAAACGCUCCAACCGGGAUAAAGGCCCUGUCUGGAGGCGCACAUGGCCCGGUAAGAGAGGCGCAGUGGGUUGAGCCUGUCUUUCGUUUCCCCUCUACUACCGCAAUAUGAUGCUACGCGCCUCUUAAAUUUCCGGGUGUAGCAGCAGCAGCAGCAGCGACUGAUGAAGCAUUUUUUCCUCUCUGUGAAACAGUCAGAGUCGUUCACACUGUAUUUUUAACCUGUCAUGUCGACCAUUCGGGUUAUUUCAACCGUGCACAACCAGCUGUCUGGACACACAGACAGACAGUCAGCGUUUUAAACUUAUUAAGUUGAUAGACUAAUAUAGCAAUGAUAACAGUGAGACUACAGCCACACACAAGGGAGACAGAACAACUUCUAACCAGUCUGCUCAUUGUCUGUACAAAAUGUGCACUCUUAAAAUCACAUAUUUAAAAUUAUGAAAGUGUUUUUUGUUUCUCUCACACAGGCUAAUGAAUUAAUAAUAGGCAGUGAUGUAUCUUUUACUGCUUUAGGAUCAUCUUCCCAGUUACCUGGUGGCAACUGGACACCAGUGCCAAAACAAGCUGUCCUCUGCUGCUCUUAGCUGUCACCAUAGACGAUUUUCUUUGAAUUCGAGCCUCUCCAAGGCCUCUCCUAGCCUUGAGGUUUUUUUUUUUUUUUUUAUAGUAGAGAGAGAAAGAAAAAAACAAAAAACAAAGAAUCUCUGUUUUACAAAUUCUGCCCAUGUGAGAAAAAUGGUGCUUGUGACUACUUAAGUGAUUUUACACAUCCUGUUUAUGACAGGUUACACUCAAACCUCAUUUGUAUCAACAUCACAGCGUGCCAGAGUGAGUCAGUAUGUUAAAGUGUGUACAGAAUGAUAGAUAACAUUUGCUUGAAUACUGUUUAAAGAUACUGGUGUGAGAUGUUUCUCUCUUUCUUGCUGAGUAGAAGUUUGGUAUGCAAUAUUUGGGGUGAGUUUCCACCACCUUCUACUUGUAUCUGUAUCGUUUUACAUCUGUUUGCAUUUUUUCAGGAUGAUGCGUCUUGCUAGUUGUACAGCCCUGCUGUUUGUGCUGAGGCUGCUGGUGGGCUUGCCUUGGUACCAGGUUCUCCCGGCGAUUCUGAUAUUCUACCUGGGAAGUGGAGGAUGGAGCUUCCUGCAGAUUUUUGCCAAAACAGUCGGCAGAGAUUUACAGUAAGGAGUUGGAUGUUAUGUGUGUGUGUUUGAGUGGUUCUGGUUUUAAUACAGAGAUAGAAAGCUGGAGAAUUCUAUCGUAGGUCAUGCUUCUAUUUGGUUUCUUUUUCAUAAGUUUUGACCGGUCAGAUUUUGACUGGCUGCCUGCAGAUGGUUCAGUCUUUUAUCCCAGAAAUUUCACCUCAGAAAAUUUUGACCUGAAGUGAAACAAUAAGGCUCAAGUGCUGACUAUCACCUCUAACAAAAGCCUGUUAACAAUCAGAUUUGGUAUACUGUAUUUGAAAUAUGCUCUAAAAAUUUGGGAAUUAAAGCCCUUUUAAAAUCAAAUGUAAAAAACAACACGUUUAAAUCCAGUGCAUUUGAUACACAGCCAAAACAGCCUAACAGUUUGCCUCUUUACAAACAUUUGAAGCCAUUUAAAAAUCAAAGUGACUGGAAAAGGUUAGCAUAUCAAGUCCAAGCACUUAGACACUGUAGACUCUUUAAAGCAGUUGACACAAACCUUGUGCAAUUUGCAACCUAUAAGUCAAUAUAAGGCCACAAAAAACCCUCUUAGAUCUACAGCUUGGACCUUUGGCAGAGAUAUUUGUGUUGAUAAGUGAGAGCCAUAUAAGCCAUAGUUAUCACUUAUCAGCUCUAAAAAAAUCACACAUGAUAGCACAUUGAUAUAGGCCUGUAGAGAUCCACUGGUAUGUUGUCUUCAGUAAAUCAUUUAAAGCAGUCACUUUAAAUGAUUCAAUGCAGUCGCUCAAGUUUUACUCAGUCUUCACCCAGAGUCUCUAUCUUUAAAACUUCAUUACACUUCAGGGCAGCAGCAUCUCAUUUCAAAAAUGUAUCGAUUAUAUUUCCAAAACUGAUUCUGUUGUUUACCACAGUGACAAAUUUAAGCUCAAAGAGAGUCUGUGCAGCUUUAGCCAUGUUAAAUUUAGCCCAUCACAUCAAACAAGCUCUUUUUGAGAAUUUACCACAAGACCUGAGGCCUCAACAGGCUCAGUAAACAGCCGGCGUUCAAAACCGACGGCUCAUUCCUGUUGUUCAUGCUUUUAAAACCUGAAAUAUUUUCGACAAGAGACAAUAGAGGGGAUGGGGGAGGAGGGGGAGGCAAUUUCAACCGUCUCACCUAAAGCCAAUAUUUACAUUGUGGAGUAACCAUGGUAAUUCGUAUGUGUUUGACUUCCUUUUUUCCUCAAUAGUACCAGAAGCGGUCAAACAGGAAGUUGUAAAACACAAGCGUGCAUGCCCUAUUCAAACACAAACCAACAAAGUGACCUAACCAGUUGUCAUGUUGUGGUGCUUACCUGUGACCUAGUGUGUACAAAAAUUUGUGUCAUAGGUCGAAGUUUCCAAGACUAUACUUGGCAGAUGCUUAUUGCGUAAACACAAGAGCAUGCUGUUGCUAAUUUUGAUUUGUCCUUUUAUUAUUGUAGCCUCAGGGUUCAGAUUUCACUGUAACUGACCUUGUUAAAGCAUAACCUUUCCAGCCAUGACUCAGAAAAUUCCUCGUGUCAUUUACUGGAACUAGAUUCAGGUAUUUACACUGUAAAUCUCACUAUGGUCCACAUCUGAAUGCUUCUGUAAUCUAUGUCACCUUUGAAUGUAAAUAUUUCUUUACCUCCUAAUCCCAGUGAUUGUCACUGGGAUUUAAGUGACAGCAUGUAUUUUCACAGGAGUUAGUGGUAGAAAGUAAUGAUUUUCUUCUCAAUGGUGCAGCGUAUCGCCUUUACAAAGCUCCACCGAGAAACCUGAAUGUAAAAAUCAGUGUUUUUAAUCACUGAGACUUGCAACAUAAGAAUUAUAUAGUAAAUGUUAGUUAGCUAAAUAAUGUUUAUAAUGUUAAAGCUUGGUUUCUAACAUUAUAUCUUGAUAAGAAACAACAGUAAUAAAGUGUAUGGGUCAUGUUGCAACAGAAUCUGCUUCAAAUAGCUACUUAUCAGUGCCUGCAGCAAAUUAAUCCCCUGUGUCAUGAUAAAAUAUCAUCACCUCACAAUUUGGCCUCAAUGUUAAAUGGCUCAAAGGUUUUUAUGGCUCCUCAGUUUUAUACUCCGCUCAGGAGAGCGCCUGAUAGCUGCACCUUUGCACCAUACAUGUAAAUAAUCCUGUAAGAUUGUGCCAUUUAAGCAGACUUUGCCCUUUGGAUCCAUCCCACCAUCUGUCAUAAUGUUUGUGGAUAUUAUGGUUAGAAAUUUUACACAGUGUAGAUCACCUUAGCUGAGUGACUGCAGAUAAACUUAAGAAUAGAAGGUUUUGAACCUUGUAGGCCCCUAGCUGGACAAUUACCUCAAGAACAUUUGGAGUUUUUGGUUUGAUUUUACACCAUUCAUGCAUCCACAGUGGAAAUAUAGUGACAAGACUUUACCAUUUUAUGUCACUACAGUUUAAAAAUCAUCAUCAGAGGAUCAAUAACAUGAAUAUUGUACAUUUGACAGUAAAAAUCCAGUCAACUACUUUUGCUGCGUGAUAUAUGCCAUACUUUGCUUCCAAACAUCACUUUUCACACACAAAAAAAUCAGGAAAUUAAUCUUUAUUUUGUUGGAGAUUGGCUCAUAGUAACAAGACACAAGAGUAACUUCAGUUAGUAGUUAAUGGGCUCAAACAUGGCUAACCAAUGGUCUUUUAGGGGAAUCUAAAUGGCUGUUACACUAAAAAUUGAAUCAUCUUUCUAGUUGUCUCCUUUUACUAACAUUUACUUUCACCCCCCCAGUGCUGCAGUUGUGUUGUUGCGGGUGAAAAUGAAUGUCAGGCGUCACCUGAAAGAGAAGAACACUAUUCCCAAGAUCUUUGCUGAAACGGUUCAACGCCACGGAGACAAAACGGCGCUAAUCUUCGAGGGCACUGGAGAGAGGUGGACCUUCAGACAGCUGGAUGAGUACUCCAACAGAGUGGCCAACAUGCUGCUGGAGCGAGGUUUCAGGGUACGCCUAUGGAACGGAUGAUUUCUGGAGAAUCAGGUCUACUCUAUUGCAUAUUUAACACACAUUGAACCUCCAUUUUUGUUGUUCUUCUCCUCAGGAGGGUGACGUGGUAGCCCUUUUCAUGGAGAACAGAUCGCAGUACGUGGGCCUCUGGCUGGGCAUGGCCAAGAUUGGUGUCGAGGCCGCUCUUAUCAACUUCAACUUGAGACUCGAGGCCCUGGUCCACUGUGUCACCAUCUCCAAUGCCAAGGCUGUGGUGUUCGGAACAGAGCUGAUUGAUGGUAAGAGCAGGAACAAUAAAAAAUAGAGAUUUAUCUGAGAGGUACGAUGCAAAAUUAUUUGUUUUACUAGUAAGAUAGGCAAGUUUACAGCCAGUAAUCAUCACAAUCAGUAAAUCUGAUAAGUGCUGAUGUGCUUCCGCUGUGAUGGGGGAAAUAAGUGGUGCAGGGAGAAAGUAACAGAGGUCAUAAAAGAUUGAUGGGUUGGGAGGAGGUGUCUCUACAAUAUCAGUGAGGGGAGCUCUAAUGGCUGACGGAUGGGAAGAGAGGAAGAAGUAAUGAGGAGUGAAGUGGAGAAAUGUCUUUAGCAUCGAAGCUGGUCAGAGAGGAAAAUUGACUUGCGGAUAAUUAACUAGAACAGACCUUUCUGCAGCAUGUUAAACCUGAGUCACCUUUUUAUAAAUUGGUAAUAUAACUAAUCUUGUGGUUUAAUGAAUUAAAAAUACAACCCAAAGAAUAAUAAUAAUACAGAUUGUUCCCACAAUGAAGGUUUUAACCUCAUAGUUAUUUUAUUAAAGAAUAGUUCAAUCAUUGGCCCAAGCAGUUUGUAAUUUUUACUCAAAUAUGCACAUUCUGAGGUUGAAAUAGAACCAAUAGCCUGUUGUGUCUAAUCUGCUAACCUGCAGUGUGGACUCAAACCUGUAGACCUCAAACCUUGCAGCAGCUCAGAGUUGUCAAACAUAAAUUAGGCGUCCGUUUCAAUCUCCUUGUGACCCUUUUUGGGUCUGUGCCCGAUCCAAAAAAGCCCUGAUCUCAACAGCUAUAAAGAACGAACGAGUUUGAGCUGUUUUUCCUGGGAUUGAUGGAGCAGUCUGUGUAUUGGACCCUGCAUUCAUCAUGUGCUUUAUGCCUUUUAAGUAAUUGGAAGCGCAGCCUCUUUGCUACUGAGUCAACCAGAAGUAUGGGACGGCAAACGCGAAGCUUUUCGGCUGAGAUAAACUCUUUAAAAUAAAAUAUUCUUUGGUGCGCUUCACUCAGAGCCACAUAUUGCUUCUUUCUGGCCUUGUUUCUUUAUUCUUCCAUGGGCCUCUCUCUGCCUUUCACCAAAUUCUCAUGAAGGUCGUUUUCCUCUGACGUCAGAACAGGAAGCUCAAAUGCUCUGUUGCAUUAUAGGUAACUGCAGCACAGGUCAUAGUUACAGUGACUAUUCAGCCAUAUGUAGAGCCAAACAACAUACUCAGCAGCCUACUAACUACCCUCAGACUGCUUAUGUUGUAUAAGCAAAACCCCAGCUAAUAUUACAUAAAUUAAGAAGUAAAUCUUGGCUAAUGUGGUGUUAGCUAGGAACCCCUAGCUAACAAAACAUUAGCUACAAUGGUCAUGUCAGUCACUUCAUGCUAUUAUUAUUAUUGCUUAUGCUUAUGCUAAUUAUGUGGUAUCAGUGUUACACAGUACAACAGGACUGUGGCGCUUCCUGUGGCACUUUUAGCGUUAGCCUCAGAGCUAAGGGUAAUACAAGCAAAAGUGUCUGAAUGUUCAUGUACAGCUAACAGCUCAUCAAAAAUGCUCUUUUACCCUAAAAUAUGGCAAGGACUAACCAACAAUUGGUAAUAUGGAUAAUAACUUGUCAUAUUUACUAAAUUUAAGUGACUGAAAACCUUGAACUCAACAGCUUAGAUACUGUACUGAUGAUAAAACCAAACUGACUGUAAUGUGUCUUUUUCUUCUUCUUCUGCUUCUUAAAGCGGUGUCAGAGGUCCACAGCUCUAUGGGGCAGAAAGUGCAGAUGCUUUGCUGUGGAGACUUUGACCCCCAUAGAGCCCCACAGGGUACCGAGUGCCUGGAGCCCCUGCUAGAGAGCGCCCCGUCUCAUCUGCCAAAGCGGCCACAACGCUGCUUCACCGGUGAGAGUCAGCCAGUGACACUUUAUUUGACAAAUAAGAGUCAGAGCUCCUGGGAUAUCAUUUAGCAAACUUUGGUACUAAUUGUCAUUAUUUACUUUUGUUUAAUUAGAGUAUUGACACAUCAGUGGUGGCAGGUAACCACUGAGCCAGAUAAAGCCGGGGAUAAGUAAUAGAUUAAUUAGGGACUUAAUUAUUUGUUAUUUAAAGCCUUUCUGAAGCAAAUGAAGUGAAUGAUAGAAAAUCUCAACCAGAUCCUCUGCUCUUGUUCAGUAACUACUUUUUUUUUUGCAAUUACUGAUGACUCAUCAUUUAAACGUCACUUGUUUCCAAGGCAACCUUGACACGGCACACAGGUCAAGGAGAGAAACCAAUUUCAUCCACAAUAUUAAUAAUGAAUUCAUGAAUUCAUACAGUACUCGUAUAUCUCAAAGUCAAAAACUCAGAUUGGAGGUCUUAAUAUCUCGGGAUUUCAUUAUUACAACCUCACUUCAGGCUUGUUUUUGUCCCCAUUACUCAGCAUUUUAAAUUUUUUAUUUAUAAAAAGAGCUGAUUUUGUAUUUCUGGAGAGACAGUUUUCAGAACGUUGAAUAAAGUCCUAUCUACUCACUCACUUUCGCUCUUGAACAUGGCAUGUAACUGCUGACAGCUACACAGUCUGUAGCAGAAAUAUAAGCUCUAAUUCUAGCUUGGCAUCCACACAGCUGCUUGUGCUUACUGUGCAUACUUCUUCCAGCCAUGAUUUUGCUAUUUUGAGGCAUGCAUUCUGUCAUUCAGAAAUUUUGUAGGCUUGAUCAAAAGAUUUAUUGGCACAAAAUAUGUUUUGCACAUAAUGAAUGUUGUUGAGCAUGCAUACAGCUGACGUGGUGAUUUAUGAAUGGGAGAGGCUCAAGGUGACAGCAACCUGAUUCUCCUGCUGCGUAUAUCAGAGCUCAAAUAUCUGUUUAUCCUGUUAAGUAGGGGCAGGUGAUUAUUACUGAUAAAACAGAUAAGAAAGGAUUCAUUUUUGUUACAAUCAAAGCCAGUAAUAGCCCCAAAUUUUGAUCUGACUCUCUGCUUUGUGUUUCAGAUCGCCUGUUCUACAUCUACACAUCAGGAACCACUGGGAUGCCUAAAGCUGCUAUUGUUGUGCACAGCAGGUAGGAAGGAGCCGUGCAGCUACCCAACAGAUACACAGGAUUUGCAGCCCAUGUUUUUUUUCAUUCAUGCAGCUUUCAUGUGCACUUACAAUACCUUCAUAAAAAAAUUUGGAUCCGAGAUAAAAAAAAAAAGUUGUUGAUUUUGUUUUGACCAGAGUUUCUUUCUUCUCUUGCCCCGUGGUUUUCAGGUACUACCGCAUGGCAGCUUUAGUGUAUUAUGGCUUCAGGAUGACACCAGAGGAUGUGUUGUAUGACUGCCUUCCACUCUACCACUCUGCAGGUAAAAUUACAACUUAAUGCAACAUCUUAAUUCAACUUAUGGAAGGGAGUCUAUAUGCAGUUAAUCUUUAUCUUGAUAAGAUUUUCAGCCUGAAACAGCAUCCAAAGAAUCAUAAUGUUCUGCUAUUUCUUUGUCUUCAGGUAACAUUGUGGGAGUGGGCCAGUGUAUAAUCCACGGCAUGACUGUAGUCAUCAGAAAGAAGUUCUCAGCUUCACGUUUCUGGGACGACUGUGUCAAAUACAACUGCACCGUAAGUAUGAUUUAGAUCAGAAGCCACUGCUAUAGGUUUAUUUUGUCCACCAGUUAAUAUCUUUGCAUGUUUUUUUUUAACAAGUUUGGUGUUCAAAUAGUAAUCAUUCCUCUUUCUCUACUGUGCUGCUCCGCUCUCCUCUAGAUUGUACAGUACAUUGGGGAAAUCUGCCGGUACCUGCUGAACCAGCCUGUGAGGGACACAGAGAGACAACAUCGUGUACGCAUGGCGCUAGGCAACGGCCUGCGUCAGUCCAUAUGGGAGGAGUUCAUGAACCGCUUUAAUAUCCCACAGAUUGCUGAGUUCUACGGAGCCACAGAGUGCAACUGCAGCCUGGGCAACUUUGGUAACAAGGUGGGAAUGUGUCCGGCCGUUAAUUGGUGAUGAUGCCCUAAAAAGCUUAAUCAUUUUAGUCAGCCUUUGCUUUGUAAUUACCAUCACUGGGUUGAAAUAUGAUUUUCUGAGUUGCUUGAGACUCCCACUACUCACUAAAUCCCAUCACCUGGGAGUUUCAAAGUGUGUUCAAAGCCCCCAUUACAUCGUCUUAGUCUAAAAAUGUCUUGUUUUCUUUGUUUAGACAGCUACUUAUGAUGACAGUGCUGCAGCUUUUUGACCGGUAUGAGCAGGUCUGCCUUUCAUCUUCUUUUUUGAGACUGAAAGCUUUGCUGCUGUUCAUAUUUUUUUGUCUAGGUGGGAGCGUGUGGCUUUAACAGCCAGAUUCUGCCUUUCAUCUACCCCAUCAGACUGGUGAGGGUCGACGAAGAGACCAUGGAGCUCAUUCGAGGACCUGAUGGUGUCUGUAUUCCCUGCAAACCUGGUAUGUUUGACGUGUACACAUGCUACACCCUUACUUAAAACCUGAAAGGAAUAGAUGUUGUUUCAGAAAACCACCAGAAGUACACAUUGGGUGUGUUAAACAGUGACGAUGCAGCUCCAUUACAAAACUGUCUCUAGGUCUAAGCUGCUUCAUAAUAUCUCUUUAUUAUGACACAUCCUUGCUGUUCAGUGUCUAGGAAGACCCUCAUUUGUCCUUUUUUUACUUACAUCGAUGUGAUAUGAAAGCGAGGAAGAGAUGACUAAAGUCGAUCAUUUUAAUCUUACACAGCUGAAAGAAAACUUGUGUAAGUUUCCCGCAGUUAGCAUGAAACUAUUCACUGGGAUUCACUGUAUGCUAAAUUACUAGAUAAUAAUAACAAUGAUAAUAAUAACUUUAUUUGUAUAGCAGUUUUAAAAACAGAAGUUUACAAAGUGCUUUGACAAAUAGUCAAAAAGCACAUGGAAAUAAAGACAAACAAAAUGCUCAGUUAAAAUGGAAUUGAGGGCCGUUUUCAUACGUCAUAAGGAACCCAGACAAUACAAGAACCGUGCAACAUAAAAUGAGACAAUGAGAACCAAAAUAAAAACAUAAAAUGGUUGAGAAAAAGAAAAUGCGAUAAAAAGGUUGAGGCAGAAAACAGGAUAGGAAAUAUAAAAGACAAUGUCAAUAAUAAAAAUAUGCUCUAUUAUAAGAAACAGGGAAAACCAAAGCAAGAAGGAAGACUUAAAAAUGGCGACUUUGGUUUAACUUGUUAGUGAAUGAUCGUGGAUGGUGCAGCAGUUGCCUUGUGUUAGUUUAAUGAAAAACACUGUUGGAUGACAGACUGAGCAGACGGGGAGCUGACUUUUUUCAUUUAUGCAUAAUUAUCAUAUGUUCUAUUUAUGUAUUGGCCUUUUAUUCACCGGUCAAAUCUACGCAAAAAGUUGUUCCAUAAAAUAAAGUCAUAAAAAACACUAAAGAUAUUUCUUUAAAAAGCUGCUUGUCAAGUAAGUAGGUCUCAGGCUACAAGACAAACCCGCUCAAAAUCAUUGCUUAGUCUUGAAUGAACAACGCAAGGGUUGAUUGUGAUGUCACGUUGCGUUUUGUCUUUGCUAUCCUACAUGUGCUGAACACACACAUUCUCAGACUAGCCAACACACAGACGGACAGUGCUGUUUCAACAGCUAAAAGUGAAGUUACAGAAAUGUAAAUAAUACACCUUGAAUUGGAAAAUGGGGAAAGGACUUUUGCCUCUUCUAAAAGCAAUCCCCUCUUGUUGUAGGAAAAUUAAAAUUGUGCAGAACAUAUUUGGGGUUUGGAGAAAAAACGAUUCACAUAAGUGAAUUUAAAUUUUCAAAUUUAAGAAUAAAUCUUAAAAACUGACUUAAAUGUGAUGUAUAUUUUUCGGGGAAAUAUGGUUCCUUUUAAUAUUCAGUUAACAAUCAUAAUCAUUCAAAUGUUUCACUGGUGUUAAAAAUGCAGACUAAAAAUAGAGAAAAUUGGCAAUAUCGUAGAAUCGCAAUUUAAAUCAAAUCGGCAUCCAAAAAAAUUUUCCAGGAAUUGAAUCAGGAGAAAAGCAUAUCACCACAGCCCCGAGCACAUAUACUGUAUACGCCAGUUUAAGGUAUAAAAAUCUCUGUUUUUCUUCACAGGGGAGCCUGGCCAGCUAGUCGGCAGAAUCAUUCAGAAUGACCCUCUUCGGAGGUUUGAUGGCUAUGUCAACCAAUCAGCAACUAGCAAGAAGAUCGCUCACAGUGUCUUUAAGAAGGGAGACAGUGCCUAUCUCUCUGGUAAUAGUCACUCAAAUACAUGGUGAUUAUCUAUGUUAUCUUCUGAUGAAGUAAACCAGUAUGACCCUCCUUUCACCAGGCGACGUGUUGAUCAUGGAUGAGUGCGGCCACAUGUACUUUAAGGACCGUACGGGAGACACUUUCCGCUGGAAAGGAGAGAAUGUUUCAACGACCGAGGUGGAGGGAACUCUCAGCAGGCUGCUGGACAUGAAGGAUGUGGUAGUCUAUGGUGUGGAAGUACCAGGUAAAACUCGUUCAGUAUCUACUCUUGAAUAUCCACUGUUAUCGAAGUUCCCACAGACCCUAUUGGGAGACAUUGUUAGUUUUAGUUGCAAACUGACUUUUGGUCGCUUGACAGUUGCCGUCUAUAGUGUCAAAAGGAUGACACUGGAGAAAAGCAGAGUAUUCACAGCAUCAUAUUGUUAUUAGUAUUGUUAGCCCUGAUAACCUGUGAACUGGGAAAAGUAUAAAAACACCAUAAUACUAACUUUUUACUCUUCAGAAAGAGCACAGACUUCUUGGUUGGUCAGUUUGUAGAUUAAACCACCAGGCAAGCCAUGUUGUUUGUCUGAUAUUUGCAUGAGAAAUCCCCAUGAGGCACUAACAGCACAAACACGGCCCGGAGGUUAGGCUCAGAGACUGAAUUAGCUCAGACUACACCCAGCAGACAGCUGGAGGCACCAACUGUCACUUAAAGCUACUACGCCCGUUAUUAGGCAUAAAUUUGAGUCACAAUGUCAUCGAAAUGAGAGUUUUAUCAGAGUCUUCUGCUUUAGCUGUAGCUGCAGCGUUAUGGUCUGCAGCAAGCAUAUUAAACUCUCCUGUGCAGCUGGGCUUUUUAAGGCAGGGUCUAAUGGGGAUUGGCUGGUUUUUAUAGCCAGCACAAAGUGGCCACUCCUGUAUUUGGUAUUUUCAUUGGCUUAAUUCAUUAUCUCAGGAGGGUGCUGCUUGGUCAUCCUCCAAUUGGUGUCAUUUCUCUUCGAGCUGUAGCAGAGUGGGCACAAGUGAGUUUGUCGUUUCACCAUUAGAUUCAGAUACUGUGUGUAGCUUGAGAUACAAAUAGGUUAGUUACCACACCUGCAGUGCCACUCCUGACUUAAUGAGCAUGAAAUUAAGUAAACCAGUUUGAAUUCUCUUCAGCUUGUGCUGAGCUGUUUCAGAUGGCAUUCCCAGGUGUCACUUCUAAAGCAAGAUAUCUUAACUAACAGCUGAUAAAUCUCUAGUAAGAUACUGUUUGACGACACAGGCAUGAUUCUUGCAUCUCUCAGCAUCUGUCUGAAAUUAAAAGUCCACCAUCCACAGAAUGAAUCCUCUGAUGGUCAUUGUUUUUGUGCGCACAGGAGCCGAGGGGAAGGCUGGAAUGGCAGCCAUCGCUGACCCGUCUCACUCCUCUGACCUGGAAAAGUUUGUGAAGGACAUGGACAAGGCUCUGCCUCCGUACGCCAGACCUGUUUUCCUCCGCUUUCUUCCGGAGGUCAACAAGACAGGUACGGUAUCUUUACAACCAUUUGUGAAAAAGGAAAAAGCAGAAAAGGCAGAAAGCUAAGAUAACGUCUGUACAGCUGGUUUUGAUGGACUUGUUAGGGUUUGUGAUUUUCUUUCCUCAUGUUUUAUCAUUUUUUUAAAAGUUGCAGUAAGAAAGAGAGAAACCACAAAGUGUAACAAUAGAAAUAGGAAUAAAAAUAACUUUAUUUUUAUAGCACUUUUAGGUUUGCAAAGUGCUUUGACAAAUAGUCAUACAGCACUGAACAUCAGCACACGGAAAUAAAAACAAAAGCUCAGUUAAAACAAGGCCUCCAAAUUGAAGGCCAGUUUCAUUUGUCAUAAGGAACCCGGACAAUACAAGAACCCUACAACAUAAAAUGAGACCAUGAGGACCAAAAUAAAAACAUAGAUUAGGUAAGAAAAAGAAAAAGAAAUAAAAAGGGGGGUUGAAAGCAGAAAACAGGAUAGUAAAUAAAAAAAGACAAUAUUAAUAAUGAUAAUUAAAUAAUAACAAAAUGAUAAUGAUGGUAAUAGUAAUAAUAAAAUAGAAUAAUAAAAAUGAGCAAGAAAAAACAUUAAAAUCAAUAAAAGGCCUAAUAGGUUAAAUAAGAAAAGAUUAUAAGUAUAACAAAGGCUAAAAAGACAGUAGGCCGAACUGAGAUAGAGGUAAAAUAAAGAAGUGUAGCAAAUCUGAAACAGCUGAUCUUUAAAAUAAUAUAUCUUUAUUACCUUUCUAUCUGUUUCUCUCACAGGAACAUUCAAGUUUCAGAAGACAGACUUGCGUAGGGACAGCUUUGACCCCACUGCAGUGUCUGACAGACUGUACUUCCUGGAUUCCAGCAGAGGGCGCUAUGUGCAGCUGGACGAGGAGCUGUACCGCGGCAUACUGUCAGGGAAACAUAAAUUGUGAUGACCAGGCUGAACACUACACAAACACACAAACACGCAGAUAUACAAACAGAUUCAGAAAAAAACAAGACAAUAUAAUUUGACCAGGAUAGCAGAAAGAAGGACUUUGCCUCCAUCAACAUAAAUGCAUAUUAAGUAAUAGCCAUACACACACUCCAUGCGCCCACAACCAAAUGCCAACAUAUUUACAUAAACACACCCACACACACACACAUUGUAAUCCCCCAACCACCUUGCUCUUUAAAAUCUCGAGAAACAGACUUAUGCACGCCGCACACUCACACACACACAUUGCACCACUCCAUCCAUCCCUCCCGGCGCCCCUCUGGCAACUUCUCUCGCUACCUCAGCAAACACAGAGAGAGUCUCACACCCGAGCAACCAGGUCUAUUUGGUAACUUGAACGCACCCUUCAUAUAGCCACACAAGCCCCCACCCACACUGGCCUCAAAAGACCACGCCUGUCCGUCCUGGUCCAUCGAAACCAGAUGUGUAGCUGGAACCCACAGCUGGAGAGCAGGCUGCCUGGCGUCGCAGAACGCAAAAACUUGAAAGUACAGAUAACCACAGACUCGAAGGAUGCUGAGGACACGCAUGGAUUUAGCACAUUUGGGACAACGGAGGGACCCUUUUGAGGGGCCGAAACCGCCUCUCAGUUUGUUGUUUCAUCCGGAUGAUUGUUUUGUGAAAGACAGCAGCCUUCUCUGUCGACUUCACCUGCACAAUUAGCCAGCAGUGACACUCCUGUCUCUAUCUGACGUGUUUUUGUGUGUGUGUGUCAUUUCUUUCAAAAGGGAACAACACGAGGAUAAGAGGGAUUUUCAAAAAAAAAAAGCCCCUGACCUGUAAACCAUAUUCACAGGAUGUGUAUUUAGACCAGUGGUUGAAGCCGAAAGAUUCACUGAAGUGCAAUAGUGCUCUGGCGUUGGUAGUGCAAUAAUCAGCUGCACCACAUGAGCGCUGAUAGAAAAUAAAAGCUUUUUAUUUCUCUGCACCACACCAAAUAUUUUAAGUUGUAGUAUUUGUUUACAUAUUUAAAAAAUAUGAAACUCUUAGUAAUUUAUGCUCUUGCUCGCUCUCUUUUUUUUGUUAUAUAUCAGGUUGUUUGUGCUUUAUGUUUAUCCAAAUCCAUCCUUUUAGAAAGUCUUUAGAAGUGACGCUGCAGUCCUUUUCUAUAUCAGCUGCUGGAACACAAAGUCAAGUGAUCUGGCUGGUUCAACCCUGGCCUCAAUACAACAUGCUUGUUUUUUUUUUUUUCCUUAAACAAGACUUGUUUACAGUCAGUUUGUUCGGCUGCAUUGUGCAGGUUUUGUCCCACAAGAUAACUAUCAUAGGAUAUGUGUGUGUAUUAAAACACAUGAAGAGGACCUGGCUGAAGACAGAGAUGAAACAAAUGGUCUGGACUUCACAGACUUGUUUUCAGCAAUCUCCCGGUGCUAAGGAGGGUUUUAAGUGAGCCGAAAAGAUCCAAAGAUAUAAAGGCGGGAGUGGAGGUAUUGAUCGUGGAGGUGUGUGAAGAUAGGGACAGCAGAAGAGGGGGAAAUGUGCUUUGUCAUUGUCAUUUUUUCUGUUGUAGCAGCAUGAAUGAGCAUCACUGACCACAAGCAAAGCACGGUGCCUUACUGUGAGUUCACCUCCCAGAUUCACAGGCCCUGAUCCCCAAAUAGUAACUCUUUGGGUCCCUUUGUCUUUGUUUUUGUUUUACCCACUGUAAUCUUAUUUGUCAUUCCCAAGUUCCUUGUAGUAGUAGUGUUGCAAAUCUGGCUUUAAACAUCAUGUUUUAUUCUAAAAAUGCUUUGUUGAGAAUCCAUGGCUGACCCGUGGUCAGUGUGUAGAUCCUGCCAGGUGCAGGAGGAGUCGGUGUCGAUAUUUCGGGCCAAGAGUCAGAAUGUUGCGAGGCUUUUGUCCUGUAGUUUUGAAUCAGUGCGUCUUCCUCUCUUCCUCUAGUUUAGAGUCUUAACCUGUUCCUAGCUAUAAUCCUAACUUGGCUCUUGCAGUUUUUAGUCACGUUUUUCUUGGCCGAAGUUUCUGUUUGCACCUUUUACUGAAAGCCUUUAUCAUUCUGCAAAGCACUCUAGUCACCCCGAUUAAUGAUUCAUAAUCUCUGGCCUCAUUCUGUGGCCCUCUAUACCUACAAAACGGUACCUCUGUUUGAUUCAUGCUGUCUCUGCCCGGCUUUCAUCACGUCUUCUUCGUCCCCUGUGCGCUCAUGUUCAUCCAGACUAUGGUACAAAGUGUAGUUGAAUAUAUUUGAGAUAGUUUCCAAUUGGAGUUCGUUUUGUCCUUCGUCUCCAAACAUUCAGAACUGUUCCCAGAAAUCUUUUGUCAAUGUGUGUCAUGUGCGUCGGCUGUAUAUAAACAUGGAUAACGCGUCUUCACCUCCUCUUGUUGUACGAAAGCGAAGCCAAAAUAACAAACUCUGACUGGGUUUGGCUUGACCCUGCACUCUUGUAACGCAGAUGUAACUUACAGAGAAAAUGCUAAAGCUCACCUCAGGUCGCUAAAGUCUGCCGCUUUAACAGAUGCUUGCGUUGUUUUGAAGCAACCCUCACAAAGCAGGAGCAAUAUUUAAACUUAAGGACGAACACUUCAACAUAAAUCAGCAUGAUGGAAGCUAACUAUAAUAACAGGAAUCAUAUUUUAGAUCUAUAUUUUGACUCAUGUCUCAUCUGUUAACAUGGAGGGAGCAGGACUCUAAUACUGCAACCGUUAAACAGAUGAAGCUCCACAUAUUUUGGCUUCACAUUUGAGGAGCUUAGAGGUUGUCCAUCUUUAUAUAAAGUCUACAGUUGUGUGUGUGUGUGUGGUCUACCAUUCCCCUUGACUGUUUUCUUUGAGGCCACCUCAGCACAGCUGGUCUGACUCACAUGAAGACUGGCUGUACUGUGUGUCAUCUUGUUCAUGAGUUUUGUUGUGACAUCGCUUAGGCUGCUUUGUUUUUCUGCAGGAUGACUCUCAGUUCGAAUACCGCUUGACUUGAUUCAUAUUUUUUGCACUGGCGACUGCAGAUCGUAGAAAACUUGCCUCCACCUGUUGUUCCCCUGCAUCUAGGAUAAAAAAGGUGUUCGAUAGAAAUCAAGCUUGAUCGCUGCUUCCUCUGUGGUCUUAGUUCUGAAUCUCUCUCUCUCUUUCUAUCUCUCUCUUUAUCUCUAUUUCUCUCUCACUUGUAUUCAUUCUUUAAUGAUGAGUGUGAAAUGUUCUCCUGAAUGUCUGAAAAAAGCGAAAUGAGUGACCAAUGAUGUUGUAAAGUGAUGUGCGCAUUUACGGGAACAGUUUGGCUGUUAUGAUGAUUGAGCCCAAGGGUUGCACUUUGUGGACCCCUGACUGAACAGCCCCACAGCUGAGCACUCUGAAUAAGAUGUUUCCAUUUUACACAUAUUUUUUAAAUGAGUUUAAAUUAUUAUUUUUGAAAGAACUGUCAAUUAUACUUUGAUCGUUUCACUGCUAAAAUAUGUGUUUGAAUUGUUUUGUUUGUUGUGUGGAAUCAUAGCUUUUUUUGAUUUUGGUUGGAAAAAGGGGGAUUCAUGCAUGAGUGUAAGACAAUCCAACGGCAGUGGGAUUUAUUUCUCCUUUUUACGAAGACAAAAACAUCAGGAACUGGUCAAGGAGCAGCUUUUUCUGGAUGAUAUCAGUCGUACAAGUUGAUCCAGAGCCAGUUUGCCAUGUCACUGCUCAUUAAAAACGUUUCAGAAAGUGUAUGGCAAACCGUUUAAAACCUGAAAUAGCCAAAGCCAUGUAAAAACAUCUGGGGUUGAGAGUUGGAGACAUGUGUAUGACCAGAGGAGGGCGCUGUGCCCUCACUGAAGAUUUUCAAUCAGAAAGGAGCGUGUCAAGUUGGUUUCCAUGCCAUAUUUUGGACCUGAUGUGUACAAAUUAACAACUGCAGAUAACAAAAUCUUUUAUUCUGCAAAAGACUGAUAUAAUUGUCACCCUAAAGGUCUAACCAAACGUUAAGACGUGGAAAUCAUUACAAACAAGGCGGGCUACAGCAUCCAAACAACGGUGUGUUUGCAGUCUGACUGUUUCUCAUGCCUCUGAUCAACUUUUCUGUUUUUUUUUUUCUCUUUUGCACUUUUUCGUUUGUCUGUUUUUUCCCUGCCGUGCUCCUCAGGAACAUCCAGCAGUGCUAGAGAAAGGAAACAAGUUUGUUCACGUCUGCCUAUGUGAGUGAAAGGUUGUUGUUGUUUUUAAUUAUUUUUAUUUAAUUGCACAGGCGGCAGCUCUCAGCUCGUGCAGAGUGUGUAGAGGAGGUCUGUGAGGUGUGCUGACACUGAUGUCCUCUUGUCCACUGAAGGCUCUCUGUAUAGAUCAUGCAUUUCAAAUGAAUGAGGAAAAAAGCAGUGCUGCAAGUGGAAAAAUCAUUAUUAAUAAAAUCUAUUUAAAUUGUUCACCCUGGCUUUGAUGGUUGUAUCAGUUUUGUCAGGAUGGAGCAGAUUUAAUGGCUGGAUCCUCGACCCCCUGGUGUUUUAAAAGGGUCAAAAGGUCAGACUAUAAAAGCUUUCAGUCUGAGAUAAAUUUGGCGCCCUCUGCUGAUGAAGCAGUACCUCUGAACUCUGCUGAUUUUGUAGAGGUACUUAAAGGGAUAUUCCGGCAUAAAAUUAAGUUUGUGUCAAACACACUGUAACACUGUUAGACAACCCGUCGAGAGAUGAAUGUUGCUGACUGCUUGCUUCUCUAGUUACACCAACUUUAGCAACGACCGCAGGAUAGCAAUACACAGCGGUCUGAGGAGCCACGCGCAAACCUCAACCAAAACGCCACUCUAUAGCCACAAAUAAUGCGCAGAACAGCAUCUAACUUCAUCAACAGUACAUAUAGGGUCUUAGUCAUAGUACUAGCUACCAAACAUCUUUUUAACUUUGCCUCAUUUCUUUAGCAGAGACUAAACACAACUCACCUACUCUCUUCCAGCAGCUGCUUGUUUGUUGCCAGACCUCGGGACAGUCCAUUACGGGCUACAGCAGGGGGACGCAGCUCAAGGAAGAACACUUAUGAUCAUUACUUUAUCAUUUCCUUGCAGUAAUAAUCACCACAUUAAUCAUUUUGCACUGCAGACGCCGCAGUAGUUCUUCUGCCUUAGCGUCUCUGAUUGCAUUUCCAUGAGGAAAUGAUCAUAAAUGUUCUUCCUUGAGCUGCGUCACCCUUCGCUGCCGUGAUGGACUCGCCUGAGUUCUCUGUACAAACAAGCAGCUACUGGAAGAGAGUAGGUGAGUUGUGUUUAGUCUCUUUGCUAAAAAAUCAGGCAAAGCUAAAAAGAUGUUUGGUGGCUAGUGCUAUGGCUGGGACCCUAUAUGUCCUGUUGAUGAAGUUAGGUGCUGUUCUGAGCAUUAUUUGUGGCUAUAAAGUGGCUUUUUGGUUGAGCGCAUGGCUCCUCAGACCGCUGUGUAUUGCUAUUGUGCGGUCAUUACUAAAGUUGGUAUAACUAGAGAAACAAGCGGUCAGCAAAUUUCAUCUCCUGACAGGUUGUCUAACUUAAUUUUGUGCUGGAAUAUCCCUUUAACUUCAAAAGAAAAAAAUAAAUAAACAUCCCAUAAUUUUUUAACUGUAAAGCCUAACUUUAAAAGACCAGUCUGGUAAGUAUUUGGUCAGCUUGCAGUCAGUCACUGCCUGUGGUAGGGCAUAAAAAAGGACGAUAUAGAAACAAUCAGUCUUGGGGUUAAUGGUUUAAUUUUGAAGGAGUAUCAUUAUGUAUUUCAGUUCGUUUCAUAACUAGCUAAACACUCUUUACAGGAACUUGAGAAGCUUAAAAGUUUUAGGAGAAAACUACAUUUUAACACUCAAAGCUUUGCAAACUCUGUGUGUCAUCAAUGAAACAAAAGUGGGUCAAGCUGUUCAAUUUGGGUCAAACAGAGAUAUACUUUGCAUUCAAAUUCUAGAUAAAAUGUGAUUUUU